AGAAAUUUCUAGAAUUAGUCGAACAAUUUUGUGAAAAGUAUCUAAAGUAACCUACCAUUUUACUUGAUUCAAAGAGAACAUUUUGUAAAGAAGUCUGAAUAUUUAUAUUAAAAACUAAUUCAAUGUUAUAAUUAAUUUUUGAAAGAAUUUAAUGAGAAUUUGUGUAAGUCGUAGUUGAAUCUUUCUCGAAGCAUUAAACAUAAACAUAAACAUUUGAGACUAUAUAAAGCGACACAUCGCCAAGACGGACCCAUCAAUCGCUGAGAGUCACCGAACAGCCAACAUUAUAAUCAGUGAGUAAUAUUUCGUGUGUAACCUUUUUAAAGUCUUCAAACAUCAAUUGUGUGGAGUGAUUGUUAAUCCAAAAAUAAUUUUCAACGUGAUUCUGAAUUAAUUGUAAUAAACAAUUGAUUUUAAGAGGAUUUAAAAAUUCUAUUUCUAUAAGUUUUCAUUUAAAUGUUAAAGAUUAUGGAAGUAUCAUCAUCAACUCGUACAACAGUCGUUGCGGUCAGCGUACCGCGACAAUGGUUGUCAGCGUGUUCAAGGGAUGUAUUGGAGAGCAUCUUACGGCGAGCACUCCGAUCAUACAUCGUGGCUGAAAACGAUGUAUCAGUAAGAAUCGCGGGGAUAGAGGCGCAACUGGUUGAAUUCCAUUUCGGUGAAUACUGGUUCGUGCCAAAAAAUCUCUUCGACGACAAUGACGAUGACAACAACGACAACAACGACAACAACGAUAACACAGACAAGGAGAAUGAGAAUGACAACGACGACGACGACGACGACGUAAUUGUCCUAGAUGACAGCAACGAUAACAAAGACAAGGGAAACGAGAAGGACAACGACGAUGAUGACGAUGUAACCGUUCUAAAUUAAACAUGUAUCGUCAUCAACUGCGGUUCCAAUACCACGAUCGUGAUCAGAAUUAUCAUCAUCAUCAUCCCAUCAUAGUAUCAUCGGGAACGAGUAUCAGAAUUUUUUU